GCUUUAAUGUCGAUUUCAGUAGUACAGUCCCUCGAAGAAACUUAUUGAUAUAGCAUAAAAUGCGGUGCAUCUAUGAAGUAGACGCAGUGGACGUUGGCCCGCUCCGCACUUGACCCACCAAAAGCUGUUGGAGUUCCGCACAGAAAGGCCAGACUAGCUCUCCGCGAACACACCCCUCCGCAGUUCGACAAUUAUUGCUCUGUCUCCCUGUUCCACAAACACCCCAGACAGUGAGCUGUCGACAUUCCAUAACUGCCCAGUCACAGGAGCAUACAGCCCGCCAUGUCGCACGCGCGCGUAGAGGAAGUCUCUGACUCCGACCCCGAAGAGGUCGCCCCGUCCGAAUUCAACCAAGCACAGUUUGCCAAAGAGUCCAUCAUCUCCCCUUCCAUAGUUCCUGGUCCUGGGGCUGGAAUCAGACCGAGCGAAGCUCGACGUGAAAUCCCGAAACACUUCCAAUGUCUGUAUCCAGUCUACUUUGACAAGACGAGGUCGCGCGCAGAAGGACGCAAAGUUGGCAGUGAGCUUGCGGUGGAGAAUCCACUCGCGAGGGAUAUUCUGGAUGCGGUGCAGAUGCUGGGCUUGAGAGUUGGUUUUGAACCGGAAAAGCUGCAUCCCAAGGAUUGGGCCAAUCCUGGAAGAGUGAGGGUUAUGCUGAAGAACGAAGAUGGGACACCUGCGAACCCCAAGGUUAAGAACAAACAUCACCUCUACAUUCUCGUCGCGCAGUACCUGAAGGCCCACCCCACGACAGAACAGUCGCCUUACCGGCUGAGAAUACAAGGACUUCCUAUGCCAGAGAAACUGCCGCCACCUCCUCCAGCUCCUCGAGGUUGGAAGAUUGGCAAGAUCCUUCCCAUUCAUUCGCCAGCGUACUCUGGUGGCGGUGUCAGCGACAAUCCGUUCAAAGAAGCCAUGGCGGAGAUGCAAAACAUGCAAGGCAUGCCCGGUUUCCCUGGGAUGCCCGAGAUCCCCGGCAUGGCCGGAUUUGGGGAGCCUGCCGGUGCUAGUGGCGCUGAGAAGAAAAAGAAAGAUAAGAAGAAGUCGAAGGCAUGAGUCCGGCCGAGCUUGGUCAUGGUUUGUUUCUUUGGCUUUGUCUGCAUUGCAUGGCGACUGGCGUUUAUCUCUUUUCGUCCGGGAGGAUACACAGUGUGACGCGUAUAAACAUGGGUCGAUGCUGGGAAUCAAAAGAUAUUAUAUUGUUGUGAGA